UCCACUUCGAAAAUCAAGUAUUUAAGUUGGAACAUCAAAGAUCAAACCCAUAGCAGUUCACAAUACCAGUCAAUUGUAGGAAGACAACGUUUUCCUUGCAUUUUCUGGGAAACUUUCUCUGCUAAUUUCUGGGGAGAAAAAGCUUGCUGGCUCCGAAGGAAUGUGUCAGCUUUUUCUCCAUGUGGGGCGACUGAUAAAAAAGAAAUAAUACGCGGCACAGUUCGAACACCCGUAUUUUCUUUCUUUUUGAGGUUGCAGAGUGCUCUCGUUUUCCGCAAUGCAGUAUGGAAUCUCAGAGUUUCGAGGCUCUCGGAAGCUCAUUUUGAAAGUUAUCGGGAAUAUAGAUGGAAUGCUGCGCUUUUUUAGCCCAUUUAAACCCUAACUUUGGUCAAAAAGGUGAACCCAUUUUGGCUUCGAUCAUGCUAUAGUCCUGUACCCUAUUGGCUUCGACCUUCGAGUUUUCCAUGUUUGGGCUGUGUGAAAAUUUGGGUAUGAGAAGAACGAGGUCCGGGGGCUUUAUUGUCUGUUAAUUUACAGGUUCUGGGUGGCUGUGAGCGUGUCUUUGAGUGAUUUGAGAACUUUGACUGAUUCCCACGUAGCUGAGAUUACAGUCAGCGUUUUGGAGGUGAGAAUCUAAGAUCUGUGUUUGGAGUGUUCGAGAGUUCAACUCCUGUAAAAAUGAGGGUUUCAUUGAAUUUCAUAGGCUGCUGAUAAAUAUUAGGGCUUAAAAGCCCACUGGUGGUGGUUGGUUAGAUUGGAAUAUUUUGGUGAUUGUUUAGUGAGUUCCAAGACCCAGAUCAAUGUCUGGAGCUCCAAGAUUGAGGUCUAUGAAUGUUGGUGAUUCAGAAACAAGGCCUGUGCUUGGACCUGCUGGGAACAAAUCUGGAUCAUAUAGUUUGAGGAAGCCAACUUCAAAGCCACUGAGGAAUGCUGAUAAAUUGCGGGAGGAGAUUGUAUCAGCCAAAGAGAAGAAGUCUCGUCAAUUUUCUACCACUGUCACUUCCUCUCAGUCGCAUCCUUCAAGUGUUGCUUCAGUACUCCGCCGGCAUGAGCAGUUACUGCAUUGCAAUUUGUCCUUGAACGCCUCGUGUUCAUCUGACGCCUCCACAGAUUCAUUUCAUAGUCGAGCAUCUACUGGCAGAUUAGUUCGGUCAUAUAGUCUAGGAAGUAGAAGGAAGCCGAAUGUGACAAAGCCAAGAAAUGUUGCUUCUGACUGUCUUUUAGAAUCUCCUCCUCCUCCUGAUGGUUCACAGUCCAAGAAGAGGUGUGCCUGGGUGACUCCAAAUACUGAGCCGUGGUAUGCUACUUUUCACGAUGAAGAAUGGGGAGUUCCAGUUCAUGAUGACAAGAAAUUAUUUGAGCUUCUUGUAUUUUCAAGUGCUCUGGGAGAACUCAGUUGGCCAACCAUUCUUAGCAAAAGGCAUAUUUUUAGGGAAGUUUUCACAGACUUUGACCCGGUUGCUGUCUCAAACAUGAAUGAGAAGAAAAUCGUGGCACCAGGAACCGCGGCAAGCUCUCUACUUUCAGAACUUAAACUGCGUGCUAUAAUUGAGAAUGCACGUCAAAUAACAAAGGUAAUGGAUGAAUUUGGAUCGUUUGAGAAGUAUAUUUGGAGCUUUGUGAACCACAAGCCCAUAGUGAGCAGAUUCAGGUACCCUAGACAGGUUCCUGUGAAAACCCCAAAAGCAGAUUUUAUCAGCAAAGACAUGGUGAGGCGGGGAUUCCGCAGUGUGGGCCCGACGGUCGUGUACUCCUUCAUGCAGGCUGCUGGGUUAACAAAUGACCAUCUCAUCAGCUGCUUUAGAUUCCAGGACUGUGUUAUAGCAGCAGCAGCAGCAGAAGGGAAAGAAGAGAAUGGCAUCAUCAAUGGCACUAGUAGUACUAAUAAUAAUAUUACUGAGCAAAAGGAGACUAACAAGGGGGAGAUAGAAUCUGAUCUGUCCAUUGCCAUUGAUGAUUUGCGCUUCACUUCAGAAUAAUGGCUGCUUAUUGAUUGUGAGGAUGAUGAUCUAUUGGCAGCUCAGCUUAUUAACUGAUAUUAACUGGGUCAGUCCUUAUGGCGGUGGGGAAUUUGUGUAUAAAUUUCAUGGGGUCCCUCCCUUUAACCUGAUGGAUUCUUGUAUUUUUGCAGAAUUGUAGAUUGUAGAUUAUCAUUAUUAUUAUUAUUACUAUUAUUGUUAUCACGAAUGAAUUGAAUCAAGCUGGUGCCACUGCCGUUGUAGAAAAAGCCUUGUCACAUUAAUGUACAAUUUUUUGUACAGUUGGAAUGAUCAGUGAUAAGAAUAUUGGUUUAAUCUCA